AUGUCAACUGGCAUUCCAUCUGUUCCACACAAGAAGCGUCAGCGGGCGCGAAAAGCAUGUGUACCAUGUCGACAACGUAAGAGGAGGUGUGAUGGCGCUAACCCAUGCGGUAUGUGUGUUUCUUAUGCAUACAAGUGUCAUUACGAUGAACAGGGCGACCCUGCCACCCUUCCCGCGCCUUUGAUUCCUGAAAUUCCUGAUAGCACCCGUUCGAUAAGCCCUCCAAGAACCAGAAUGGUCGCAAAGCCGCCAAGUAUCCGCACUAAAAUCCUGCUAAAUUCUACUCAGUGCGCUGCAGACCAGGGAGUUUUCGACGCCGCGAAAUCCAGAUAUAUGGGGCUCAGUUCAGCGGUUGCGUUUGCUCGCAGUCUUGGUAUUGAGCUCCAAUCAGCAAAUCCUCCCCACUUGCAUUCUUUUGCGUGGAAUUGCGGCCUCAGAUCCGAAGAGAAAUCCAACACACAUUGUGCGUUGCAUGAUCUUAUUACCAAGGAGGAAACCUUUCACUUUACGCAGAUUUACUUUUCCGCUAUCCAUCCUGUGUUCGAUGUGGUAGAUCCGGAGCACUUUAAAAAAAGUGUCGAAAGUUAUUGGAAUGAUGGCUGUAAGGUUUCAGCGUUUGGUGCAGUUGUUGGAGGUAUAAUUGCCCUUGGAUCUCUGUUCUCGGGGCGACCCGGGCAUCCUCGAGAACUGGAAAUUGUCCAGUAUGCUAAAAACGUUCUAGAGGACCCGACGUUUAGCCGCCUUCCUUCAGCAGAGCAGGUUUCUGCUUGGGUUUUGAGAACACUUUAUUUAAGAGCCACAACCCGGCCUCACGCAGCAUGGCUGGCCAGUUGUGUGACAAUCCACCUUGCAGAAGCCUCUGCUUUGCACCAUGAGGUUGAGAACGUUGAGUUAACUGCAAACGACAAGGCUCUGCCGCCAAGGACGAAAAAGAUAACUGAACGGGCAAGGCGCCUUUUUUGGUGUGCUUGGUCCAUUAAUUCUAUUCUGUCAUAUGAUUAUGGACGUUCGAGCGCGUCUUUAGGUGGCAUCAGCUGUAAGCUUCCUACUAAGUCAGAUGGUAAUUACACAGCUCAAUUAGUCGACCUAGCACUUAUUAUUCCACCGGCAAAUACGGAGGCAAGUAAAGAAACUCGAGUAGCAGAUUUACUACAAGCUUUAACGCUUGUGUAUGAGACGCCAGACGAACACAAUUUCCUAUCUUUAGUGAAAGCUGACUUGUGCAACUCUUUUUACCGACGCCUCCGUCUCUUUAAUUAUACUUUGGACAGCGAAGUCGUCUUUCAACUUACUACGGUCUGCAACCACGCACUUUCUGCGGCAUAUGACCUUGUGGAGCGGAAAUUACCAUGGUGGAAUGUCCUGAGUGCCCCGUUUCAAUACAUAUGCGUUCUUCUUGCAAUCAACACCUCUGAAAGCCUUGCAAAUGUCGCCAAAGCCAAGAAUAUUUUCGACCGCAUUGUAUCGAACUUGAACACGCAUAUGGCUAUUGAGGCACAGAAUACAAUCAAGCUACUUCUUCAAGAUUCAAUUAAAAAAAAGAGGCAAGAGCUUACGGAUCUGGAAGCCGCUGAUCAGGCAGGAACUGCCUCGGAAGCUCCUUUCACAGCUGAGAUUGAUUGGGACGUGCUACUCGAUCCAUCUCAUGCAUUACAUCUCAUGCAACAAGACUUCUCUUCUUUUUGA